AUGAAAUUUAGCGUAAGGAAACUCAUACCAGUUUUCGUAUUGAUCCUUGCAUCCAUAUCCAUCCUUAGAUUCGUCCGAAUCGUCAUCACCACUUCAUCUCCGCACCCACUUCCAGCUUUGCCUCCACAUGUGCAACACGCAUGCACCUCUCCUUUAUCAUGCAGUAAGGUUCUAACGGGAAUAGCAGGCAACUCAACUUUCACACCGCCUGCCUACACCACCUCACUAACAGGUAAGGAAUUUAGGCUUCUAUCAAACCUCGUCAAGCAGAGGAGACCUUGCAACCUUCUCAUCUUUGGUCUUGAGCCACAAUACCUCAGCCUCUCAUCAAUAAAUGCAGGAGGCACUACAAUCAUACUGGAGGAUGAUCCUAAUAAGUUCACGAAUUAUAGGACAGAGAUAUCUAGCAGCACUCAGAUAUACAAGGUACAGUACAAUGUACCAGCAAAAGAGGCGUAUGAACUGCUCAAGCAUGCAAGGAGAAGUUCGACCUGUGCACCUGGGGCUGCACUGCUUCGGCAGUCAAAAUGCCGGUUGGCUCUAACAGGUUUGCCACAAGAAGUGUACAAAACAAAGUGGGAUCUUGUAGUGGUGGAUGGACCAAGUGGAAGCGACCCAGAGGCUCCUGGAAGGAUGGGAGCAAUCUAUUCAGCAAGCAUACUAGCCAGAGCUGGGAACUCAACAGAUGUAAUGGUUCAUGAUGUACAUCGCACCAUCGAGAGGUGGUUUUCCUGGGAAUUUUUAUGCGAAGAGAAUUUGGUUUCUUCAAAAGGGAAGUUCUGGAAUUUCAGAAUACUGGGUCAUACAGACCCUGCAAGAUUUUGCUUAUCCCAACCAUGA